AUGCCACCUUCCAGACUGAGAACCAAGCGCAGUGGCAUUUUCCCCUUUGUCCUUGCCGCCGCACCUCUGGUGGCUGCCGGCCCAUGCGACAUCUACUCUUCUGCCGACACACCCUGCGUGGCCGCACACAGCACCACCCGUGCCUUGUACGGCGACUUCUCUCAGCCACUGUAUCAGGUCACACGUGCCUCGGAUAGUGCCACACUGGACAUUGCGCCACUGACGGCUGGUGGUGUGGCCGACGCUGGCGCCCAAGACACGUUUUGCGCCGACACAACGUGCACUAUCAGUAUCAUCUACGAUCAGUCUGGCCAGGAUAAUCACCUCACCAGGGCUGAGGGAGGUGCCUUCAAAGGUCCCAAUGAAGACGGCUCUGACAACUUGGCCGAUGCGACUGCCGCCCCCGUUACCCUGAACGGCCAGAAAGCUUACGGUGUUUUCGUCUCUCCCGGUACAGGAUACCGCAAUAACGCAGCCAAGGGCAUAGCCAUUGGCGACGAACCGGAGGGCAUGUACGCCGUCCUGGACGGCACCCACUUCAACGAUGUCUGCUGCUUCGACUAUGGCAACGCUGAGCCGAGCAUUCUCGACACAGGCAACGGCCACAUGGAGGCCAUCUACUUUGGCAACAACACCGAGUUCGGCACUGGUGCCGGCGAUGGCCCUUGGAUCAUGGCCGACCUCGAAAACGGCUUGUUCUCCGGCCUGAGUGCCAAGAACAACGACGGCGAUCCUACCAUCAACAGUCGGUUCAUCACUGCUGUUGUCAAAGGUGAGGCCAAUCAUUGGGCUAUUCGGGGUGCUGAUGCGUCGAUUGACACGCUCACAACGUAUUACGAUGGUGCGCGUCCCGAUGUGGCCGGGUACAAUCCCAUGGUCAAGGAGGGUGCCAUCCUCCUCGGCAUCGGUGGUGAUAAUAGCAACGGUGGACAAGGUACCUUUUACGAGGGUGUCAUGACCUCCGGUUUCCCCACGGAUGAAACUGAGAAUUCAGUUCAGGCUGAUAUUGCGGCGGCCAAGUACGCUGCAUAA